AUGAAUGGUUUCACUUUGGCAAAGAAGAUUCUGCGAGCUAGAUAUUUUUGGAUGACCAUGGAAACAGACUGCAUCCAUUUUGUGAGAAAGUGUCAUCAAUGUCAUAUUUAUGGUGAUUUGAAUCGGGUUCCACCGAAUGAGCUAAAUGUGACGAGUUCUCCUUGGCCAUUUGAAGCUUGGGGCAUGGAUGUCAUUGGCCCUAUUGAGCCGACCACCUCAAAUGGACACAGGUUUAUUCUGGUAGCUAUUGAUUACUUCACAAAGUGGGUAGAAGCAUCUUCAUACAAGUCUGUGACAAAGAAGGUGGUGACAUAUUUUGUUCGCAAUAACAUCAUUUGUAUAUUUGGGAUCCCCGAGUCAAUUAUUAUAGAUAAUGGAGCUAAUCUCAAUAGUGGCUUGAUGUAUGAGAUAUGCGAGAAGUUCAAAAUUAUUCACCGCAAUUCCACUCCUUAUCGACCUCAGAUGAAUGGAGCAUUUGAGGCCGCUAACAAAAAUAUUAAGAGGAUAUUGCGGAAAAUGACUGAUAACUACAAGCAUUGGUAUGAGAGUUUGUCCUUUGCCCUUCUUGGCUACCGUACCACAAUCAGGACUUCUACUGGGGCAACGCCUUAUCUUUUGGUUUAUGGGACAGAAGCAGUAUUACCAAUGGAAGUUGAAAUACCAUAUCUGAGGAUCAUCCAAGAAGCUGAGUUAAGUGAUGCCAAGUGGACGCAAAGCCGGUAUGAACAAUUGAUGCUCAUUGAUGAAAAAAGAAUGAUUGCAGUUUGUCACGGGCAACUUUAUCAACACAGGAUGGCCAAAGCUUUCAACAAGAAAGUAAGAUUGAGGCAGUUUGAACCGGGACAAUUGGUGUUGAAGCGAAUAUUCCCACACCAAGAUGAAGCUAAAGGGAAGUUUGCACCUAAUUGGCAAGGACCUUCCAUGGUUCACCGAGUACUGACUGGAGGAGCUUUAAUUCUAGCAGAAAUGGAUGGUAAAAUAUGGCCAAAAGCUAUCAAUGCAGAUGCGGUUAAGAGAUACUACAUCUAG